AUGUACCCGCAAAGCAACGGUCAAUUGGAUUGGAACGAACGAUUCGAUACGGCUGUAGAUAUCGGUAACGGCGGAAGUGUUUUCGGUGACAAUGGCGAUGUGUACCGACGAUUUCAGGACAUCGACGGUGGAAGUAACAGUUCGGCCAGUAACGAUACAGAAAGCACCACCCUGCUGGAUGAAACGUGCCGCAAGAACGAACGAUUGUACGAUAUUACGCCAAAGGAUCGAGGUGACCGACACAGCCGUGGUUCGACCAAGAACAAAUGCUUCCUAUGGAUUAUUGCCUUUUGUCUGAUUGGCAUCGUGGGCUUUGGCAUCAUACCGAACAACAACGACCGGGGACGCGUUGGUACCAUCGCUGGAUGGGGAUUGAACACGUCGAGAGCCACGAUCGGCUAUGUGCUUCCGUACGAAAACACCACACUGAUCGAUCCGCUGAAUGUGUGUACCACCGAGGAGCGUUCCGGUCUGGUGGAGGAAAGUGAGAAGGUGUUCCUGCUGAUCGUGGUCUGUUCAGCGGCUCCCAACUUUGAAUCCCGCCAGGCGAUCCGGGAAACGUGGGGCAAGGGACGCGACUUCAACUAUGCCCAGUUCCAAUCCCUCCAUGAGCGAUUGCAUGGUGAAUAUCUGGACCCGAAAAGAACCGUCGGUCCGGAGCUGAAAAAGUACCUGUGGCAAAUGGCUGAAGAUGAUGAGUCCUUGGCUACUUUAGCUACGGAAGGCAAUAAUGUUCACGUGAAAUCCAACUCUAGUCACAGUGAGAGCAACGCGAGCAGCUUUGCGGGUAUGAUAUUGAGCGUGAAGGUAGUGUUUCUCGUCGGUCAAUCGGAAGCUGACUACGUGCAUCAACGCCAGCGAUCAGCAAUCCCUUCCGCCGGUGACAGCGAAAGCACCGUGAAGAGAAGCGCGAUCGUACAGCAGGCGCCGACUUCGGCGGGCACUGUCGCGUCGCUUCCCGGCGCGGAUCCAUCGCGCAACCCGUCGGAUGGUACGGGAACGUCACACAGCUCACUGUUCCCCAGUGGCGCAGACGUUGAUCCAGCAUUUAACGCAGCUAGCAACGAAAUGGUGGACGAACUGCAGCUGCGAAUCGUAAACGAAAGCGAAGUGUACGGUGAUAUUAUACAGGAGAGCUUUAUAGAUAGUUACAAUAACCUGACGCUGAAGACGAUCAUGAUGCUGAAGUGGGUUACCAACAACUGUGAUGGCAAAGUAAAAUUUAUCAUGAAGUGUGAUGAUGACACCUUUGUCAACGUACCGAACCUGCUGCACGUUCUGCUCGGUGGGACGGUCCCCCUGUACAAAGCGGCCAUAUCGUUCUACGACACCAACACGGUGGCGGUGAAAUCGCCCAAAAACCGCCUCGUCGAAGGGAAGUACCUGCUGACGGGGUUUCUGUUCUGUGACGCCAAACCGAUCGGUGACACCGCCAGCAAAUGGUACUCACCGACGUACAUGUACGAUAAGGAGGUGUAUCCGAACUAUCUCUCCGGCACGGCAUAUCUUAUGAACUUUGAGACGGCAAAGUUACUGUACCGGGCGAGCCUAUCGACGCCGAUCUUCCACCUGGAGGACGUGUACCUGACGGGCAUUGUGGCGGACCGGGUGAAAAUUCGGCGCAGGCACCAUCCACUGUUCUUUUACUCUUACACCAAAGACUUGUGCGCCCUGCGGGGCAUGAUCUCCCAGCAUCAGCUGCAACCGGGUGAAAUUCGUACCGCGUACGAUUACAUUACCAACAGCUCGAUAUUAUGCAAUGGGCCAGAGAAACGAUUCACCGUUGGUCAGCUGAAGUUGCAGCAGCGUAAAAAGUGUCAAUGA